AUGUUACGCUUAGGCAAUAGUGGGUCCAACCUCCCUCCCUCCCCCGACAAUAGCAGUUCCAAAAAGAGAGACGAGUACGUCAAUGAUGCGGCCUCAUCUGCAGACUUAGAAGAACUUCAAAAGCAUAUCGAAAGGGCAAAGUCGGCAUUCCAAUCUUUCCUUAAAAACAUUGGGAAAGAUGGAGUCCGGUAUGCGCAAUCCAUGUCCCACCAAGUCCUCGCACUCCUCAGGAAUGGGGAAGGUUGUCGCCAUAUCCGAGAUUACCUCUGUCGUCAAACGGCCAAGUUUCAGCCUUGGAGGCAUACAAUAAAGUCCUCUAAAGACGAAAUUCUUCAAUUCAGAGGGGUUGAAGAUAUCUUGCGCAAGAUUGACGGAUAUCUGGAGGAAAUCGACCGUGUACAAGGAUGGAUUGAUGACAUGGAAACGUACCUUUUCAGUGACGCCCAAGAGUUCGUACAUGCGUUCAAUACAAACCAGCUAGAGUUCCAACAAUAA